CUUAACUGUUAAAGCUUUGACCGGGAAAUACAAAGCCCCAGCCAAUCCAAUGCAACAAGAGCAGAUUUUCAAAAUAAGUAGAUAUGUAGUGUUUACAAAAAAUAUAUGUAUUUUAACUUUUGACGAUCUUGUGUAUCGAUGUUUUGAUGAAUUUAUUUGCUUUUCAUUACUUUUGUGAUGGAAAAAAAAGACAAACUUUCAAAAAUGCAGGCUUGUAUUUUAUGUAGAAGAACAGACGACGAUGAGCUAUUGUAUGGUAAAUUUUACCACAGACGUGCUUUAUCAGUUCAUCAUAAGUGUAUGUUUUUUACUAGCGGGCUGGUUCAGCGCUCAAAACCUAGUAAAAAUGGGAUUCUUGGUUUUCUUUUAAGUGAUAUUCAAGCCGAAGCUUCGCGUGGAAAGAGAUUAAAAUGUUUUUACUGUAAAAAAAUCGGGGCUACAGUUGGAUGCAUAGUGAAAAUGUGUAGGAGAGUCUUUCACUUUCCUUGUGGUGUUCAGUAUCAUUCAUUGCAUCAAUAUUUUGGUAACUUCUCUUCCUACUGUGCGUCGCAUAAGCCAAAGCAAAAAAGCGGUCCUAUGAAUGAUCCUUUCUGUUACAUUUGCUACACACCCAUUUCAAAAGAUGAUCUUGAGGAGUGCUUGUAUUCACCUUGUUGCAAAAACAACUGGUUCCAUCGAUUGUGCCUGCAGCAAUAUGCCCUGAGUGCUGGCCGUUAUUUCUUCAAGUGCCCUCUUUGUAAUAAUGUAUCUCAUUUUUUGGAUAGAAUGUUAGAGUUGGGUAUUGAUAUUCCUGAUAAAGAUGCAGAAUGGGAAUUGGAAAAUAACGCUUUCGAAGAACUUUACUCUCGCCCGGGAUGCGAUGCAUCAGUGUGCAGGUGUCUGAAGGGCAAAGAUUAUGACGGAGUUGGGGGUUGGAAAUUGUUGUCUUGUUCAGUGUGUGGGAGUCACGCAACGCAUCCGCUUUGCAGAGGCUUGCAUAAUAUUGAAUCAUGGAUGUGUAAUGACUGUGUACUACUUCAAGCUGAAAUAAAAUGUAAUAAGAAACCCAUUGACAAACAACCCUCUGAAUGCAAGGACGGGUCUCUCAUUUAUACUUGUGAUUCAGUACUUUUACAUGAGCUCCUUAGGCGCAGACCUAUAGUUAAAAUUAUGAAAUUAUGA